UACGGGGGAUUUCUUCCGUCUCACCCUUCAGACUUCUCAUUGAAGGCACCACGUACUACAUAGUUCCUUCAUCCGGAGGGCGAUUUGUAAAAAGAUUUAAAAGGAAAUUAAAAGCAUUGUUCAACAGCAACAAUUGCGGAAACUCGAGUGAUAAGAUAACGUUAGUACGACAAGUUAUUUAAAGUGACCAUGUACUCGGCGAAUGGACGCGCUGGUGUUACUCGCGCGUUUCACGUGUACCGGAGGCUGCACAGCAACGCAGAGUUGAUCGAGACAUGCACGGAGAUCGUGAAUCGAAAUCCGCGAAACUUAGAGCGGCUCAGGAUAGCGAGAAAACCCAGCGGUUACCAUCUCGACAAGCCCGGGCGUUCGUACUGGCACAAAUUAUUCCUUGUUAAGAAAACGCGCUACAUUGCCGCGGAAGUCCAUCACUUUGAAAAUGGACCAGUUGUUACAGCUUCCAGUGCAGAAUGGGCGUUGAAGAAGCAGUUAUAUCGGCCCACUGAUAGUUCAGCGUAUAUUAAUAUAGGGCGAGUGUUGGCACAGCGUUGCCUAGAGGCUGGAAUCUGUGAGAUGGAAGUUGAUACCGCGUUAACUGGAAACAAAUGUGAAUUGUUGAUUAAAGAAUUGGAGAAGAGUAAUAUUAGUCUGACUGAACUAUCAGUAUACAAGUAUCCAAAUUCUUGGGACAGGUAUCGGCCGGAAAAGCCAUGGGAGAUCCACGAAUAGUCUGCUUUGUCUCUAUAGUAAUGAGUGAAUAGAUUCUAAAGUGCAAAGUGAAGAACAAAGUAUAUGUGGUGCAGACAAUGAGUGCGAUAUAGCUCUAACGUGUGUAUCUCGGUCGAGACCAAAUAAGGUAAAAGAUUGAUUGAUAUAAGAUAUUUUAUUAUCUUAGCAUCUAUCCACUGUGAAAUGCCGAGUUUUGUACAUUACAGUAUCUAGGAGUAAAAAUAAAUAAUUAUACAGUUGUUAAA